AUGUCUGCUUCAAUCACCACAACGGAUCUGUCUUCGCUGUAUAAGCCCAUCGCGAAGGGCAAGGUUCGAGAUUUAUACGAAGUCGAUGAAGCAACUCUGCUUUUCAUUGCAACUGACCGUAUUUCUGCAUACGAUGUGAUCUUGAAGAAUGGAAUCCCAGAUAAGGGCGCCUUGUUGACCAAGCUCUCCGCGCACUGGUUCGAUGUCCUCACAAAAGCCAUUCCUUCGUUGAAAACACAUUUUCUGACUCUGGAGCUCCCACCUAAGCUUGCAGGAAGCGAGUUUGCAAAACAGUAUCUUGGCCGAAGCAUGCAAGUGCGCAAGCUGAAAGUCAUUCCUCUUGAGUCCAUCGUGCGGGGCUACAUCACUGGCAGCGCUUGGACUGAGUACAAAAAGCAUGGUACAGUCCACGGCAUUGCCAUGCCGGCGGGGUUGGUUGAGAGCCAAAAGCUAAUGACACCAAUCUGGACCCCGAGCACAAAGGCUGAACAAGGAGAGCAUGACGAAAAUAUCAGCCCUGAGAAAGCUGCAACCAUUGUUGGGAAAGACAUCGCGGACCGAGUAGAAAGGCUGUCACUUGAUUUGUAUACAGCUGCCCGUGAUUAUGCCGCGGAUAGGGGCAUCAUUAUUGCGGACACUAAAUUUGAAUUUGGGCUGGACGAAUCGACUUUACCUCCAACAAUCGUUCUUGUUGACGAGGUAUUGACUCCAGACAGUAGUCGUUUCUGGAGUGCAGCCAAGUAUCAAGCGGGCCGCAGUCAAGAGUCACUCGACAAGCAGUAUUUACGAGACUGGUUGACCAGCAAUGGAUUGAAAGGGAAGAACGACAUAAGCAUGCCAGAGGAAGUAGUGGCACGAACGAGAGCUGGAUAUGUAGAGGCAUAUGAGCGACUCACAGGCGAGAAAUGGCUAAGCGGAUGA